AUGAGAACGCUGGCCGUUACGCCUAGCCGUUUAGGGUCCCGCCGUGUUUCCAUUCAUCGUCGGGGUCUUCCUCAUGUGAACCCGGGGGCGGGAGCAAGUAGCAGAGGCUUUGUAUUGCAGAGCACCGUUUACAUGUUCCAGGAUGGCACCGGUAACCAAGGCUCAGACACACAGUGGUAUGGAAGAGAUUAUCAGGGAUGCGGCAGCCAAGUGCCUUGUAAGCAGAGGCUCUGGUGGUUUCGAGUGAAUGAAGGGACAUCUGCGGAGAGCAAGAGACGGCUCCAUGGCCGAGGCGGCAUGGAUGGGCUGCCCUGUGCGUGUCAUGGCAUACGGAACCUCCACUCAGUUCGUGUUGAUGCAGCGUUAUGUGGGCAUGCCCAGCGUCGCCGCCAUUCGGCGCUACCCCCUGAUGCCGUCGAACAGGUCGUGUGCCUGCGCGCAAAGGACGUGAUUGCGCAGCGCAGGCUCGCUCGUUUGAGGUUGAUGCCAGGGGGGCCAUCGACCCGCCAGGGAUCAGCUCCCGAGAAGAGCAACCGCUGGCCGCUGUGGACGCUGGCGGCCGCUGCCACGGAUCCUUGUCAAGGGGGUCAGCGACUGUGGACCGCUGGAGGUUUCGGGAGCUUGUUUGCAUCGGUAUCCCGGUUGGCACUUGCAAGCCAACUUGCGAGGGUGCUCUCGUACAGUACCCCAGAGCUCGACACUUGCCGAUGA